UCUCCACCCUCACCAUCACCUCUCCACCACCCUCACCACCACCAUCACCACCAGUCUGAGGUUACCAGUGGUGGCGGGCAGCGGGGAGGCAGGCUGCGGGCACUGACAGCGGCUGAUAGUGGCCGUGGCGGUGGUGGUGGUGGUGUCACUCGCGUGUGUGUGCGUGUGCCGGCGUGAGUGUGUGUGUAAGGGUGGCGUCAGGAGGCAGAAUGGCACCUCAGGACCUAGCGAGACGGAGCCAGAGGAGAGCAGUGAACACAGGUGGCGGGAAGACUGACGGAGGCGGGGUGAAGGGGGAGGCGCGGCAGCCCUGGCAACAUGAAGAGGCGACACCGUGUGAGCGUGUGGCCUCGCUCCUGCUGUCCCCGCGCCUGGCUGACCUCACCAUCUCCUUCCCGGGGCGACACAAUCCCGUCAGGGCCCACCGCAUGGUCCUAGCGAUGCACUCCCCGGUCCUGGAGGCGUGCCUGUACCACGGCGUCGGGCCCGGGCUGCAAGUGCUUGUGAGCCAGGACCCGCCCGAAGCCUUCCUCUUUGUGCUGCGCCACAUGUACCGCGGUCCCGCGCCCCUCCCCUCCCUCGGCCUGGCCCUGCAGGUGGCCCUCCUCGCCAGGAAGUACCAGGUGCUGGCUCUCCUCAAACAGUGCUCGCAGUACCUCCGGGAGAACGUCACUCCAGGCACCGUUCUCAGCAUCUACAACGUUGCCACUACGAUAAAGGACCUCAGGCUGCUGCAACGGUGCGUCAAGAUGGUGCGGGAGUGCGGUGCGUCCCUCCUACUCUCUCCGUCCGUGGGUCAACUGGAGCGCCCCGCCUUGGCCCACCUCCUCAAGUACCUCACUCAAGCCUCGCACGCCCUGGUCUUCCGAUGUAUUAUUACCUGGGGCCAGGUCCGUAUGGCAUCCCGCGGCGUCGACCCCCACCGGAGUCAGCUGAAGGAGGAGGUGGACGAGUUCCUGCCGCGGGUGAGCUUCCUGGCCAUGACCACCAACGAGUUUGUGGAGCACGUAAUGCCGUCGGGAGUCUUCAGCCCCGAGGAGGACUUGGCCAUCCUCCUGAACAUAGCGGGCUACAAGGUCAACCUCCCCCAGCCCUGUGUCGGGGUUGGGAAGGCGGUGGAGGAAGGUGCGAAGGGUGGAGGGAAGGGUGGAGGGAAGGAGGGUGAUGGUGGUGGUCCAAAGAAGGUUCGGUUUUCUUUCUAUUGAUAUUUUUCUGUUCCAUUGUGUGUGUGUGUGUGUGUGUGUGUGUGUGUCAUUUCUCUCUCUCUCUCUCUCUCUCUCUCUCUCUCUCUCUCUCUCUCUCUCUCUCUCUCA